ACAUCAUGAUUGAGGUGGAUAUGAGGUACGUAUUUCUAUUUUUUUGUUAUAGAGGAAAAAAGCAUUUAAUUUCUCUUCAAAGGCAAUUCUUUAACUUUUGAUCUGAAAUUAAACCGUUUUGAUUUUUUUGACUAAAUUAGGCUAUUUGUCUAUUUUUAUAUAAACUCUUUGAUUGGUGUACUUUGUAAUGUCAAAUACUGUAGAUGUUGAUUAUCAGAACAUGAAAUGUACUUAAAAGCAUGCACUAUUAACCAACUGACGGGAAACUGCAUGCAAGCUAAAUGUUUCCGUCAAAAUGGCUGUGGCUAACCAACACCCCCAACACCUGCCUGUCUUCUGUAUUUUUAUCACAAUGUUUUCUUCAGCACUGAAUGUCUCUCUUCCCACAUCAGAUGCCUGAGAAAAUGACAGACUCCAAAUUUAAAGAUGACCGACAUUCCAGAGCAAUGCUGUGGCUACUCUCUGUUUUUCUGUUUUUGUCUUUGUUAUCAAAUGGGGGACUGACAUACAUGUAUUACAACAAAUAUGUGAAUCGACAUUGUGAACUAUGCUCGAAUUCAGAUUUUCAACCAGUCAUCUCCAAGAAUAUUAGAAAACAACCAAACUAUUGUUCAGAUUUGAAAGAGAAGUGGGUUAAGUCAAAAGGCAGAUUUUAUGUUUUCUCCACUGACACAAUGGACUGGAACAGCAGCAGGGAACGUUGUCAGGCCCUGGGUGGAGACCUGGUCAUCAUCAACGAUAAAGAGGAGGAGGUAUUUCUCGCUAAACAUGUGGGUGAUUUAAAUGACUUCUAUUGGAUUGGCUUGACUGACAGCCAGACUGAGGGGGUGUGGCUUUGGGUAGACAACACCCCUUGCAACAACCACUCAUGGGAGUAUCCUCCAGAUGAUUGGAAAGGACAAAAUCCAAUAGGUGAAGACUGUGUUAUCCUAAAAAAGAAAACAAAAUGGGGUGACGUUUCUUGCUUAAGGAGAGAGAAAAGAAUAUGUGAGAUACCCUGUUCUUAACCUCAGUGAUGUGCAUUUUAACUAUGUCUAGACGUAGUUUAAAUACAUUGUAAAAAAUGUUUUUAAAAAAGUCAUAUCAAUUUACUAUUUUAAAUUUCGACUAUAGUGAAGAGUUGCUAUAUGUACAUAAGUUACUUAAUUUUAUUUAACUUAUAAUAUUAUGCAUUUUUUAACAUUGUAUAACGGUCAUGACUUAUACCUAUAUUACUUAUUUAGACUUCUUUACAUGCUUUUAGUUAUUCUUAAUCUUCAAAGCUGUUGUGAUUUCAUGCUUGUAUGUCGCCACAAAUAAAUGUUCCCCUUUGUUGGCAAAAUAAAUGUUUAUUCUUAUUAUUCUGUUGUAUCCUAUUUCAUAGUCACUCUCAGAUGCUAAAUAACAAAAAUACUAUAUAUCCACUCAUCCAUAUUCACUAAUCCUACCGCUUAUCAGUGUGUGGAGUCUAUCUCAGCCAUCUUGAGCCAAGACAUAAAACAUCAUUGACAGGUGGCCAGUCCUCCACAGUAAAAUAAACUAUAAAUA